ACGAUUUUCAUUCCAAAGACGUAUAAGUGUAUACAGAUUAGAAAACGAUAUGAUUUAAAUGCACUGUUGUCGUCCCUCUCGGGACGGGCAGUUGUAUCGGUCAGUUCCAAGGGCCUCACUGCAAUUCAUCCUUGCUCACUGCAGCUAUUCUCAGACAAAAUCAUCAUCAUCAAAAAAGUGUCUAAUUUGUUGUCGGUCAAUGUGUGCCUCUUGGUUUAGUCACAGAUGUUAG